AUGCAAACCUCUGAUCAAUAUAAUUAUCAAGAUGAGGGAUCAUUACAUCCAUUAUGGCUUGGUAUAUUGAUAUUAAUCUUUGUAAUCGCUAUUAUUGGUAUAUCAUGUUGUCUACGGAUACGAUUUGCUUCACAAUGUCACAAGUUAUUUAGUCGAGCGAAUUUUAGAAAAAAUGAAAACCCCGAAGAUGUCAUAAACAAUGAUAAAAAUCCACCGAACAAUUUUUCUUAUCAUUGGUCAUCUAUUUAUACUCUUUCACAAGAUCCAUCACCAAAAUGUUCUACAUUGAUUCCAAGUAUUUAUGUAACUGAUUCUCACGAUGAUCUAUGCGUUCAACUAGAAGAUAUUGAUGAUGAUAAAGUUGAAAAUGAAUCAAAUUCAGGAGAUCGAAAUCAAAUGUCUUUAUCAUCGUCGAUAGAGCAAAUUCGAAAUUCUGAAAUCGCUCGACGAUUUUUUGCAAGUAUGCGUAGUAGCAUUGACCAUCCAAAUUCCACACUAUUUGACAGCUAUGCAAGCGAGUCAUCUUUAGCAAGUAUAAAUGGAACAGCCAUGGGGGAUCAAAACGUUGAAGUCGAGCGAGAACCAAGUGUCAAAAUGGGACAUACACCAUGUUUUUUUCAUUCAAUACCCUAUACAGAUGGACUAACUUUAGGUCUGUAA